AUGUUUAGCCUAGGUAAGAAAUCGCCAACACCUGAUAAGAAAGCAUCUAAAUCACCUACACCUGCCAAGAAAGCACCCAAGACACCAACAACUGCCAAGAAGGCACCCAAGACACCAACAACUGCCAAGAAAGUACCUAAGUCACCAACACCUCCCAAGAAAGCACCCAAAUCACCAACUAUCAGCGAGAAGGACUCGAGACGAAAUGAACCUGCAAAAUCACCUAGGGCGAACUUGAAAGUACCGAAAGCGACUACUGAGAAACCAAAGGAGGUCACUCCAAUACAGGCGCGUCCUUCUGUCACCGGUCGCAGGGCAGUCACAUUCAACCGACGGGUAGAGGUAGCAGACACCUUCCCACGUGCAAUGUACAACCGAAGACCUGGAGAUGAGACUGUCACCAGCUAUGCAGCACUGAGCUUUGCAGCGAACGAGCUUCAAACGUUCAAGCGUACUGAUAUGCUUGUUGCCAACCGAUGCCCGUGCGAGGUGGCUCAGUUGCAAAGACCCUUCAGGGAGAUCAAGAACCGCGAUGGUUACUACGUGAACAACUUCCACCAGGUCACAUCAUAUAAUGUGUGCUCCGGAGUGUGUGCAUUCAAACAACCGAAGUUGAAGGCUACUCAGUCUGAUCUGUCCUCGGUCUCGCCUAUCACUAGUACCAUGGUUGUUGUACUUUAAGACUACAACUUUAGGUGGCAAUAUAGACUGUAAAUAUCUGAUAUAUAUAUACAAUAAUGUCAAGACCCGUCCAGCAAAUAUAGUUGGCGGCUAAAUAUAGAGUUAAGUGUGUUAAUAUAUUAUAUAAGUAUACAUUUUAAAAUAAAAG